AUGCCAAUCAUGCAAUCGGUUCUACAAGGCACGCAGAGAGAAGAGUGCGGAGAAAACGAAAUAUGGACCGACUGCACUGGCUGCGAAUUACGAUGCGACCAGGAUGCAGAAACACCAUGCCUACUCUACUGCCGACCACCAUCCUGCUGGUGUUCUCCAAUGCACGGAUAUCGUCGAGCUCCUCAAGGAAAAUGCAUUCAUGAGGACGAAUGUGAAGCUGCUAUGAAGAACGCAAAUUAUACGGAAGAAGAAAUAAAACAGCUGGAAGCCAAGAAUGCGGCUACUCCUGAUUCCAGAAUGGAUAGUUCUGGAUUAGGCUCUGGGCUGUGGCAAAAUCAAAAAAACCUUUUGCAAGGUGGUGCGCCAUCACUCGUAAGUGGUAACAACAAUGAAGACUGGAAUACGAUGCUCGGCAAAUCGGGAUUCAAAAAUAUCGGUGACAUCAUGAACUGGAAGGGUGCUGCUGCUGGGAAUUUCAACCCAUUCAGCGAACAGAGGAAUUUUGCAAGUCAGAAUGCAGUCAGAUCUGAAAACGAAGAUAAAAACCCGGACAGCGAUGGCACGCCAUCCACCCAGAAUCAACAAAGCUAUAAUGCUGCGUCCAAUCCAGGUGGCAGUUGUACAAGGAAUGAAGUGCACAUGAAGUGCGGUGUUUGUGAAGGCACGUGCGCGGAACCGGUCAUCAAAUGCGCCAAGGAAUGUAAACCAGCUGGCUGCUACUGCCCUUCCGCAAAUAAAUUCGUCCGUGGCCCAUUCGGUUUAUGCAUCAGAUUGGACGACUGUCCAAUGUAUUACAAAAACAAAACAAUCCAUGCCCCUUAUUCGUAUAUCCACCCAAUCAGCAGUACUUCUAACUGA